AUGCUCUUCCUCUCCACCGCUGCUGCCUCGCUGGCCUUACUUUCGGCCACGGCCAGUGCGAUGCCCCUCCAGGCUGAAAAGCGGCAGGCCGUCGACGGCACAUUCGGGCUCAGCGUCGGCGAGGAAGGCCUCUUCGACAUCAGCGAGGUGCAGACCUUCAAGUUCUCCUACGCCAACAACUCGGCCUACUUCGGCGAGAUCAAGUACCAGCAGUACUCGGAGCCGCUGGUGCUGUCCGGGGCCAAAGUCGCCGGCGACACCGAAGGCGGGCUGAGCUUCUUGUCCAUCCACUCAUCCCCGACGGGCUGGCAGAACGCCUACAUUGAGCCCACCAAGACGGCGCCCUUGCAGUUCACCCUCCCCCACGCUGGAGGGAACAUGCCCGCCGACGCCGUCUCCACGGGCUUCUCCUUCAGCGGCGGCGGCCCCCUGCUCUGGAACGGCGAGAACAAGUUCUGGGCCUGCCAGAACCCGCAGCUGGUAGCCCUGAAUACCUACCAGAUUUGGUGGAACGGCGCGGGCAAAUUCCCCCUGGGCGUCGACUGCAAAGGUCCCAUCGGCGCCGACAUGAUUGAUGGGUGCCAGCGCGGAAACUAA